AUGGCGACUGGUGUUCGGUUACUGCGGCCGCAGGCCUCCACGCUCUCAAGAUGCGUCAAUUUGACGCGAAACCUUCGCCCAGAAGUGCGCUGCCUCUCACUCUUCGCUCGUCCCAAGUCAACCUACGAAGAGCAUAUACCAUUGAGUCCCGUGGGGCGACUGGGUUUGGCAAUCAGCUCUGGGGUUGGGGCUUUCCUGGACCCAAGGAAAGGAGAACUGAUUGCUGAUUUCGGCGAGGCAACGGCGCAGCCAUACUUCAUAUACAAGCUUCGAGAUCGCAUGCUCAUGAACGCUACUGGGCGACGAAUACUGCGCGACAGACCUCGGUUAACAUCUAAGUCCCUAGACAUCCCUCGUCUCCGCUCGCUGCCACCCAACACCGUUGGUUAUAACUAUGCUGCGUGGCUAGACGCAGAGGGCGUCACGCCAGAUACACGGGCGCAAGUGCGGUACAUAGAUGAUGAGGAGUGCGCAUACGUCAUGCAGCGAUAUCGCGAGUGCCACGACUUCUACCACGCCCUUGUUGGACUGCCAGUCUUUCGAGAAGGAGAGGUUGCACUCAAAGCGUUCGAGUUCGCCAACACUGGGCUACCGAUGACCGGUCUUGCUGUCUUCAGCGCGUUGACAUUGAAGAAAGGCGAGUGGAGGAGAUUCCUCGACAUAUAUGGACCUUGGGCUGCAAGAAAUGGAGCACGCGCCGACGACGUGGUCAACGUUUACUGGGAAGAGGAGCUAGAGACAGACAUCAACGAGUUGAGGACAAGGCUCGGUAUCGAGAAGCCGCCGGACCUUCGCGCAAUGCGCAAGGAAGCGCGCGAAGCGAGGAAAAAAGAGAAGGAGGCCAAAGAGGCCAUGACAAGAGCCGCUGUGUAA